AGUAUGUCAUUUUGGUACACUGGCGAUACACGUGACUUUCCUUGCCGCAAUCUCGAUUUCAGAACACGAACCACCCGCUUCUCGAAACGUGUACAAAACUAAACGCCGCAAUUUAACGGAGUCCCCUACUACGCGAGAUAAAUAGAUGAAACCAAAGUCGGAGAAGCCGUCAAGUUUAACCGGCGUUAAUCCUCCAUUCUAAAUGUGUACUGAUUCGUUUAUCUCUUUCCACCUGGACGUUUACGGAACCAAGCUUAUAGCUUCGUUUGCCGAACCUAUCAACGUCAAAGAUCCCAUUUUGUGAUAUCAACGGUCGCGAUUCACUCUGCUACAAAACGCUCUUUAUUUGGGCCUGGUGUAUGCUGUGAGAAGAGUGUAGAGCCUAAGAAAAAGCAAGGAGAUUCCCUUGAAGUUUCGCUCGUUCUCCGCUUCCAAAACUUUGCUAGGGUUUAGGGUUUGGCUUUUGUGCUCUGAGGAGAUGGCCGAGCAUCAGAAGGAGGAAUCGGUGGUGGAGUCGGUGAUGGAUAAGAUAUCGGAGAAACUUCACAGUCAGGAUUCGUCGUCGUCAUCGUCUGAUUCCGACAACGAUGAGAAAUCAAAGUCGCCAUCGUCUCCGUCAUCCUUCAAAUCCAAAGUUUAUCGCAUAUUUGGCCGUGAAAAGCCCGUCCACAAGGUCCUCGGUGGCGGCAAACCUGCCGAUGUUUUCCUGUGGAGGAAUAAGAAGAUUUCAGCAGGAGUUCUUGGUGGUGCAACUGCUGUUUGGGUCUUGUUUGAAUUGAUUGAAUAUCACCUUCUCACUUUAAUUUGCCAUGGCCUGAUACUUGCUCUUGCAAUACUGUUCUUGUGGUCCAAUGCCUCCACUUUCAUCAACAAGACCCCGCCACGCAUUCCAGAAGUUCAUAUCCCUGAGGAGUCUGUUCUUCAGGUAGCUGCUGCACUUAGGGUUGAGAUCAAUCAGGCUUUUUCUGUCCUUCGAGAUAUUGCAUCAGGAAGGGAUCUGAAGAAGUUCCUUACUGUUAUAGCUGGCUUGUGGGUCUUAUCUAUUGUGGGGAGUUGGUGCAAUUUCCUGACCUUGUUCUAUAUCGUGUUUGUACUGUUGCACACAGUUCCUGUUCUAUAUGAGAAGUAUGAUGAUAAGGUAGACGCAUUUGCUGAGAAGGCAAUGAUCGAAAUCAAGAAGCAGUAUGCAGUUCUUGAUUCCAAGGUUCUAAGUAAGAUUCCUAGGGGGCCAUUGAAGGACAAAAAGAAGGCUUAGAGGAAUUUAUAUGCCUGUUGGUGUGUUUGCACACAAUCAAUAGCUGUGUUUUUUUGUGAAACUCGGUUCAGUAUAUUGUAGAACUCUGUUCUUCCUUUUGAUUUUAGAUGGUUGGGUUCACAAUGUGGAUGAAUUAUGAAAAUUUUAUACUAGCCUGUCUUUUGUGAAUGAUUUUGACAUAUUUGUUAAAUGUUAACUGGCGCUUGUAAAUUGGAUUUGAAUUUCA